AUGGUCGCUCCCGUCCCCAACACCUGGUCCCAAGGUCAAGGAACAGCCUUUUUACAUUCCAUCGACGACUCGGACCGCCCCGCCGUCAAACUCUUCAAGUCCAUUGUGGACACCAUCGAGGGCGACAACCCUCUCAACAUCCUCUCUUGGGUCGCCCCCGACUCCCACCACGAGCCUGGGGACCUCUUUUACUUCUCGGGUGACAUCGCCCACGAUGGCGACGCCUCUUCUGCCCUCCUCCUUCACUCCGCCUCCGAGGCCCACAUAAACACUCUUCCUCCGUCCGAUCCGAUGUACGAGUCCCUUCUUCCGCCGAUCGUCUGGUACGUUCAGUGCUUGGGGAUCGUGCGCGAGGAGGAUGAGGCCAGUCGUUCGUUCCAGGUGACCGGGACGACCUACAUGGGGAAGAAGGGUGACUCGGCGGCUUUCGUCUGGCGUGUGGAGGUGCCGGAUACGGCGAGAUGGCCGUACUGGCCCUACAAGAAUGGUCAACACGUCUUCGUGUCCGGCCCUCUCGAGAAGAGGAUAGACGGCGUCUACUGCAUGACCCUGCAGUCCAUGCACUCCGUCGGCAACUUCCCUUCUUCCGCUUCCUCCUCUUCUCCGCAGCGCCCCACCGUCGUCCACCGACGCCCCAACCUCUCCUUCGCGCACGAGCAUCCUGCCGAGUCUGCCUCCGCCCCCACCAAGAAAUCGAAGAAGUAG